AUGGCGGGUGGUCGGAAGCCAGCAAAGAAAAAAAAGAAAGCUACUGCAAAAAAGUAAGUGAUUUGCAAAUGUUGCAAACUUAUUUUUUGGAAAUUUUGUUUCUUGGGUAGUCUUAUUAGCCAUAUCUGACAUUAAAACUCAAACUUUUUAGAUAUUUGAUGACAAUUUUGUCUAGUACAAUAUAAGCUCGCUUGAUGACUAAAAUAAUCCCCACCUUUGACAAAAAUCUAGCAGCGAUCAAAUUUAGAGGUCGUAAGGGGUAGUGUGAAACUUUUCGAAUUGAAAGGUAUAUAGAUUACAGAGGUAUCUUGAUUUAAAAUUUCAAAAAAUCUAAUUCUUCUCGUAUUUUACAAGACCUCGAAAAGCCUCUAAACUACGUGUCGCACGUCGUCGAACUCGACCAGUCGGAGGAAGAGCUGGGAAGCCAAAGGUCCUGAAGGCUCGAGAUGCCGUUAUAAAAGCCAGAAAUGCGAAGAAAAAUGCGAGAAGGAAAGCUAUUGCAGUAAUGGGACUUCUUCAACUCGGGUUGAUGAAAAAAUUGAGCAAACAAGAGAAGACUGGGAAGAGAAAAGUUCUCGACAUUGGAAGGGUUUAUGUGAGUAUGAAAAUACAGCAUUUAUUUUUGGUUAAAAUACAGCACUUACUUUCACUUUUCAGGACAUGAAAAUGACCAGUGACGAAUUAAAUCAUCUAAUCCGAGAGGUAAACCGAAAACUGAGGAUGGAACACAAGGACGAAUUGUGCGAUAUUUGCAGCAAAAAUAAUGCCUGGAGGAUUUUUCUGAGGCAAUGUAGUCAUUUCAUCUGCCUGCCUUGCAUUUAUUCGUAUUUGAAGACCAAAAUUGAUGAAAAUAAGGUAAUUUUGGGAGAGAGUUUUUAAAGAAAUAAGAAAAAAUGCAUAAGUAAUAAUAAAGUAAAUAAAUAAUAAACAGUAAAAUUACAAUUGCAGGCGAGAAUAGCCUGUCCAGUCGCCACAUGUCAUCGGAGAAUCCACGAAAAUGAUGUGGACACCCUUCUGAAUCCACAAUUGACGCAAUUGGAUGAGUUUUUGGGUCCAGCAGAACGUAAACGUCUUCGUGAUCAGCAUCACUUAACCAGCGUUAGAUAUGCCCUCGGACCUGAGGAGUGCAUUGUAAUAUGUCCAGGUUGUGAGGUGAGAGAAUUUGAGGGAUUUUAUAAAGAGUUUUGAAGGUCUUUUCGGGUUGAAAGUUUGAAUUUUUUUUUGAAUUUUCAUUGUAAUUUUUGGGAUUUAAAAUUUUUUUUGUGUUUUGGUCAUAACAUGCUAUAUAUAUUAGCUCUACUUUUUGUCAACAAACUUCGAUUCAUAGUCAUCUUUUCCUAACUUUCUUUAUUUUAGAUACCAUACCCAUUGGAACCCGGAUGUCAUUAUGUAAAAUGCGCCAGCAAGAAGUGUAAAGCCUGGUUCUGUAGUGGUUGUGGUGCCAAGGUCGACAAUUUCGCGCAUUUUGCCCGAGGUAACAGCGGUUUUUUCAAUUUCAAUUUAUUUCCGCUAAUCAUCUAACAAAAGUAGAGAAACGGGCCACGAUUCGGGGCCAAGAUGGGGAUGUCACGUCGGUUCUCCAGUUCUGUCCCACCAUGUUCAACUUGUAGAAGUUCUUAAAGUCGUCUUCCCAGCGCGUUCUUGGUCUUCCCAGCGGCCUUUUGGUAUCGGGCUUCCAGUUCAGAAGCCGUGCUUCCCAUCUUUCCUGGUCUCCUUCCACAAUCUUCUUCGCAAAUUUCCACUUCCUCUUUCGAGCUUCUUGAAUCACGUCUUUCAGCUUGGUUCGGCCUCGAAUCGUCGCGUUCGGCACCCGAUCGAUAAGUCGGUGGCAGAGCAUAUGCCUUUCCAUUCGUCUGUGGCAUCUGAUCAGCUUUGUUUCGAACGAUUUUGUCAGUGCCCAAGUUUCAGAUCCGUACAAAAAGGCUGGUAGGACACAAACAUGCCAGAACUUGCGUUUCUUAGCCAUAGGCGUCAUCCGGCUUCGCAUUAGGCUGCGGACUUUUCGGUAGACAUUCCACGCUGAGCUUACUCGCCUAUUUACUUCUGCACCGUGGUCUCUUGGAAGGUGUAUACUUUGGCCUAAGUACACAAAUGACUGUACUAGCCCCAGUUCCACGCCGUUGACCAUUAAAGUCUGUCCAGUAGAGUUGGUGACAGCGGUUUUUUACGUCAACUUAUGGAUAAAAAGCGUUAAAAUGUAUGAAUAUUUAAAUUUAAUUUUUUCAGGGGGAAAGUGCGAUAUUGGCAGCACCGAUAUAUACCGAAUCGCGUAUCUUCUCAGAAUGCUCUUGACCAUGUCCAUUUUUGGCUUGAUUUUGCUUUUGCCGGCCUUUAUUUACGCGAUGCACUUUAUUUUUCCCUUCGUGGUUGGGUUUGGAAUUGCAUCGGCGAUUGUUAGCUCGGCCAGAAAAUGUUUUGACAACGUUUUCUUGAAGAUCGUUUUGGUAAGGAGAGUUUUGGAGGCGAAUUUUGUUCUUGCUUUUGUCAUCUCAUCAUUUUGCGAAAUUCGUGCUUUUUUUUGCCUCAUUUCAGAUACCUUACCCACAUAAAUUACCCAUAAAUAUCUUCUAGGUCAUCAUAGCCAUUCUUCCAGCAUCUAUCAUCGGACUUAUUUGCACUAUUCUCACGGUUCCCGUUGGAUUUCUCUUUUCGGUCCUUUAUCUCCAAUUGAUGGCGUUAAGAUGGAUCCCAGCGAGUAUAAUGGCAAGUUAACUACUCCCUAAGGUUUAUGAUGCAUUUUUAAUCGUCAUUACACACGUUUUGUAGAAUCGAAUUGCGCUUUGGACAAUCCGAAAAAUCUUGAAAUUGAUGGGAUUCGCUGCCGUUGAUUUGGCCUCAAAUGAAGGCGAAAGGGCCAAAUUGAUGGUGGAUGUUGAUGAAUGGCAAGUUGCACAGGAGGCCAGCGAGAAAGUUGAAGCCGGUAAGCAAACAUCUUGGGUAUUCUUGCGGCUAAAAAUUGGGCUAUCGGUCUGUCGGGAAAAAAACGGCGGAUCGUCGCGCCUCGGAGUCGCUCAUCAUCGCUUUGCGACUGCAAGCUGCGACUUGGGAUUUGGUGCGCGAUAGCGGCGAGGCGAGACAUUUUGCUGCGACGAUCCGCCGUUAUUUUUCCGACAGACUGAUAACAGCGAAAAAACGUGAAUUUUGAAUGGAAAAUUUAAUUUUUUAGGGUAAAAUAUGAUACUUUAAGAAGUUUUUGUCUUUAUUCUUGACGAAGGUAUAUAUUUUGAAGCAUUCUUAAUGAAGUGCCGCAUCAUUCCCGACCAAAAUCAUUAAGUUUUGACAUUUUAUGGAUAAAAGCGUUAAAAUUUAUGAAUUUGUUGAAUUAUGGGCACAGAUGUGAGAUAACGGCCGGAAAAAAUAGAUCUAAACGGAUGGCACAGCUCAUAUUCAGUAUUAAUAUUUAUAAAAACUUGUUUUCAGAUGACUUGAACCAGCUCGAAGCGAAAUUGGAAAGAAUUUUGCAAGAAGAUCGAGCCCGGCACAAAGCUUUGGCCGAAGGUGAAGAUGCCUAG